UGUGUCGGGUUUGUCCAGGGUCGGUCUGUCUUUGGGUCGGGCUGUCUAGACCCCGUUUAUAAACUAUCCGUAUUUGGAAGGCCAUGCAGGCAAAGGAAAAGGUUCAUGCCAAAGCAAAGGCCAAGGUAAGAGAUUUAAAAUGGCUCUAGCUGGAUUGAAGGUGAUUGAGAUAGCUGGUCUAGCACCGGUCCCCCAUGCAGGAAUGAUCCUGGCAGACUUCGGAGCUCAGGUCAUCAGAGUGGACAGAAUUAUGCAGAUGGGUGUAAUAAGUGACACGCUUUCUCGUGGCAAGCUGUCUGUUGCCCUCAACCUGAAGUCACCAAAGGGAGUGGAGGCAUUCAAGAGAGUAAGCAGCAAUGCUGAUGUACUGAUUGAACCCUUUAGGCCAGGAACGAUGGAGAAGAUGGGUCUUGGUCCAUCUGUGUUAAUGAAAGAGAACCCAAGAUUGAUCUAUGCUAGAUUGAGUGGCUUUGGACAGGAAGGUCCUCUAAAGCACAUAGCAGGUCAUGAUAUCAAUUACAUUGCAACCUCAGGAGUGCUGUCUCUACUUGGGCGAGCUGGGGAGAAGCCAACAUUCCCUAUCAACUUGCUAGCAGACUUUGCUGGAGGGGGUCUUAUGUGUUCCAUGGGUAUCAUGUUGUCUCUCUUUGAAAGAACAAAAUCUGGACUUGGCCAAGUCAUUGAUGCAAAUAUGGUUCAUGGCUCAGCCUAUGUAAGCUCGUGGUUAUGGAUGGGUCGUAACAUGGGGCUCUUCAGCGAUGAUAGAGGGAAGAAUCUUCUUGAUACAGGAGCUCCAUUCUAUGAAACUUAUCGCACUUUAGAUGGAAAGUACAUGGCUGUGGGGGCUCUUGAACCACAAUUCUAUGCCAAGUUUCUACAAGGUCUUGGACUGUCUGAUGAUGAAGAUCUACCAUCACAAAUGAGCAGAGAGGACUGGCCUAGUAUGAAGCAAACAUUUGCCAGUAUCUUUGCCACCAAGACCCAGGCUGAGUGGACCCACAUCUUUGAGAAGACAGAUGCCUGCACCACACCAGUCCUUACCAGAGACGAGGCAUCUGAGCAUCCUCACAACAAAUUCAUGGGACACUUCUUAAGGAAUACAAAAGGGGGGCAUGAACCCGCCCCUGCUCCACUCCUGUCACGUACCCCUGGUAGUCCAUCCACAAUGGCCCUCCCAGCUGUAGGCCAAGACACAUUAGCAGUUCUAGUGGAGGCUGGGUACAGCAAAAAAGAGGUUAAGGAGAUGUGUGCUAGCGGGGUGGCAGAAAUGGCAGACAUGUCUCCCAAGUUAUGAGGAGGUUUGAUAUCUUGGCUAUGCUGAUGUGAAAAUAAGAAUGAAGCAAAUUGCAUUCCUAAGAAAUCAUAUUUGACCUGCAGAAUCAUUAGAAUGUUAACAAAAAUGAUUGAAAUUCAUGGCUACUUGAAUUGAGUCAAAGAUGUAAAGAUGCUCAGAAGAAAAAAAAAACUCAAUGAGGUUAAGAUUGAGAUGGGUUACCAUACAGCCUAGAGGAGAUGAAGAAGAUUUGUGCCAAGAAUAUUGCACAUGUCUUUCUAAUCAUGAAGAAAAGCUACGCCUAUCCAAAUGGGGUAACAAAGAUAAUUCUUAGGAUGUACAUGCAUGUAUCAGUGGGCUAUCAAAUCAAGCUCCUGUCAAAACACUGUUUAGCCUCUGUCCAAACACUGUUUAGCCUCCGUCCACCAAAGGUGGUGGUGUAUUUUCAAACAUGGUGAUAAUGUGUAUUAUAAUAGGAGGACAAUCUGAUCAGAUUUUGGGUUAAUAGGUCAAAGGUCACAGGAAUUUUAUAUAUUAGCCUUGUUACUGCGAUAUCUGCGAAGAACCACUAGAGAUAUUAUAAGGCUCAAACUUGGUGAUAGUAUGUAUCACCAUAGGAAAAUGAUCUAAUCAGAUUUUGGGUAAUUAGGUCAAAGGUAUAAACAGAGGUCAAAGGUAACAGGUCAAUCUCUGAAAUUACAGGUUUAGCCUCGCUCUUGCAAUAUCUCAAGAACCACUAGAAAUAUGGGGUUCAAACUUGGUGAUAGUAUGUAUCAUCAUAGGAAGACAAUCUGAUUAGAUUUUUGUAGUAAGUAGGUCAAUGAUCACAGAGGCAGACCUGAUAAUUACCCGAUUUAAAAUUGGUUGGUUUUUAGGGGGGGGGGGAAUCUUUUUUUUUUCAGUGCUCACUACCACCCCUGCAGAGGUCAAUUUCUGAAAUUGAAGGUUUUGAGCCUUGCUAUUGCAAUAUGGUGACAGUAUUACCUUUUGGGGCUUGUAGGUCAAGAUCAUAGUUGACAAUUGAUUAUAGGGCUAGGCUAAUUGUUUUCAUUGUGAUAUACACCUGUAUGUCAUGAAUAAUUCCAUCCAUUUCCUAUUCUGAAUUUAGGGCGGAGGUAUAUAGGAGACGCAGUCGCAUUUGUCUUGUUUUAUUAUAGAUUGUGAAAGUUAUAUGCAUUGAUAGAAUAUAGGGCCACUUAACAAAUCUUGAACAAUUAAAAGGAAAAUUCUGAGAACAUUCUUCCAAAUGUUAGUAAUGGAUAUAUUUUCAGAUAUAUUCAGAUUUGAUGCAUGAUGUGUUUUUAGAAAAGUGAUUUCAUUGGAUUUGAGGGGCCCAAACUCAAUUACGACUUCUUUCAAAAUGCAUUGAAACAUACAUUUUGUUCUCUUAUUGUUAUAUUCCAACUCAUUCAACUAAUCUUGAUUUUCAAAAUGUUGUGCCUUAAAUUUUGUUCAGUCUCUUACAAUAUCUAUUUCUCUAGAAAACAUAUAGUGUUGCAUUGAUAACACAUCGAUUUUACAAAAAAAUUGUUAUUUGUGAAUCACAUUUACUGCAGUAUAUCAGAACUGGGAAUGUUUUUUUCUGAGAUUGUGAUAAAAGUACAUAUGACUGGAAAAUAUAAGUAGAAUGAUAUGCACAUCAUUUUCCUCAUCCCCAAUCCACACAGUAUGAUAUCCAUGUGUGAGAAAAUCAAAAAUGCUUUGAAAUUAGCAUUUGUCAUAUAUUUCAUGAAGUAUUUAGUUGGCGAUAUUAAACAAGAGACGGGCGUAUAUUCAGAAAACAAUGUUCAGCAAAAAAAUGUUAAUUGUCAGAACAAACUGAGAGCAACCAACAAUUAUACUUCAUGCAAAUGCAGCAUGCUUUGCGCAGACUUUAUCCAAUGACUUGUCCUACCGUAAUUUGAUUUUGGAUAUGUUAUGACUAUUAACAAUAUUUUUACUAACAUAAAAGAUGACAAUGUUUUCAGAAUACCACCCCAUUGCCCCGUCUUAUGUAGAGUUGAGAUUCCGAAGCAAUCACAAGUUUGCAGUCUCCUUUCUCUUAUGAACAUAGUUCCAUUUGAUAUCAAUUGCAAAGAAUUUCCAAUGAAUCACAACUAUUUAUGAGACGGGCCCAGGUCUUCUCUAUUGUGUAUUUUGUUCAACCUUAUAUCAUAGGGUAUAUAUACAAAUACUCAAGGUUGCUGUAUGCCUUUGCCAUUUUAUCUGAGAAAGUUUGAUUGUUCUAUGUAUUGUCCAAAAGGAUAUUGUAAAUCGGCAAUGUAAAUUUUAUCAUGACUCUGUUUGUUGAUAUGUAAAACACUAUCUCAGGAAUUUCUUGAGUCUGUGUACCUAUGUAUCUAUGUAUCUUGAGUCUAUGUUUCUUGAAUCUAUGUAUCUUAAAUAAAAUGACAUUUUAAAAGGAAUUAGGGGGAUUUAUUUUCCAUUUUAGGCUUUAAUGGAAGAUAGGUAUUGGUAAUGAAAUGUAAGCAUUCAUGUUUUAACAAAA